CUGCGCUUGCUGGGUUUGAGGGAUUGUCAUCAUGCAACCUUCAAAGGCGUUGCCGUUUCCUCACACGCGGCCUCAUACACUAGAACACACGGUGCCAAAGAUAUUACCCACUCCUGCAAUGCGAGCCAACCGACCGCUGCAGGUGGAGCUGCCGCCAUGAGUGCGGAUCUUCUCCCAGCAUGCUUUAAGAGCGCACGCCGUCGCCUACUUGAUCUUAUCAAUCUCCUCUCCAUCACCUCGAGCUUGACAUCCGUGUGCCGACUAGCACGCUGAGAUUCGAGAUGGGUUUUUCUUUCAAGGGUUUGACUACCAGUGCUCUUGUUGGCGGCGCCAUCCCCAACAACCAGGCUGCCAACGAGAAGGACAUCGCUGAUGUCCCUGCUGCCGUCGACGGCCAUGCCAGCAUGGAUGUUUCCCGCCGUCCGGACGAGAAGAUCGGUGCUCCCAGGACCCCAACUUCCAUGUCGAACACAUCAGACGAAGAGCUGAACAAGGUCGACACGCACGCCGAGCGCGGUGUUCAGGCUAUUCAAGCCGUAACCUUUGUUUGGACCAAGAGGGAUCUGAUCCUAGCCUACAUCUUUAUGUGGCUCAUUCAGUUCAUGAUGUCUUUCUUCUCUGGUUGCGUCAGCACCCUCACGCCCUACGUCACCAGUUCCUUCUCGGAGCACUCCCUCACUGCUCUGACCGGUGUCAUCUCAGGACUCGUCGCUGGUCUCUGGAAGCUGCCGUACGCAAAGAUCAUGAACAUCUGGGGUAGGCCAUGGGCGCUGGUCAUUGGUGUCACCUGCUACAUCAUGGGUCUCAUCAUGAUGGCCGCCUGCAAGAACGUUCAGACAUACUGCGCCGCCUACACUUUCUACUACAUGGGCUACAACAGUAUUGAUUUCUCAAUGACGGUCUUCAUUGCGGACACAUCUAAGCUGAAGAACCGAGGUCUUUUCAUCGGAUACGCCUCUUCGCCUUGGCUCAUCACCACCUGGGUAUAUGGGUUCGCUGUCAACCGUAUGAUUGCGCCCGGCGGCAUCGGCUUCAAGUGGGCCUUCGGUAUCUUCACUAUCAUCGCCCCCUUCGUAUGCGCGCCAUUGAUCGUCAUGUUCUUCAUAAACCAGAACAAGGCUCAGAAGCAGGGUCUGAUCGCGCCCAACCCAAGCCGUGGCUCGUUCGCACAGACAGUCAUGUACUACGUCAAGGAAUUUGAUGUUUUCGGCAUCCUCAUCCUUGCUCUUGGUCUCGCGCUGUUCCUGCUCAGCUUCAACCUUUACGCCUACCAGAAGGAUCAGUGGAAGUCUCCCAUGAUUAUCUGCUUCGUCAUCAUCGGUUUCCUCCUCUGCAUCUGCUUUGCUCUGUAUGAAAAAUAUCUUGCGCCGGUCACGUUCAUCCCAUACCACUUGCUGAAGAACCGCACCGUCAUCUUCACCUACACCAUGGCCGGAUCGAUCUACAUCGCCUGGUACAUCUGGGACUCUUACUUCUACUCCCUGUUGAUCGUUCUCUUCAAUCAGCCUGUUGUCUACGCCACCUACAUCACCAACACCUACACCAUGGGCAGUUGCACGAUGGCCAUCAUCUUCGGUCUCAUGCUGAGGUACUACGGCAAGCUCAAGAUGUACGCUCUCUUCUUCGGCGCACCUAUCACAAUUCUUGGCUGCGGUCUCAUGAUCCAGUUCCGUCAGCCCCACGUCAACAUUGGCUACAUCGUCAUGUGUCAGAUCUUCAUUGCCUUUGGUGGUGGUGUCCUUGUCGUCGCUGAGCAGACAACCCUCAUGGCCGUUUCCAAGCAGCAAGACUUCCCUGCUCUGCUUGCCGUCGAGUCCAUGAUCAUUUCCAUUGGAGGUGCCAUUGGUUCCACCAUCGCUGGUGCCAUCUGGACCGGUGUCUUCCCUGCUCGUCUCGCUGCCAACCUUGCUGGCACAAGCGCCUACGACAACAUCCAAACCAUCUACGGUGACAUCACUGUCCAGUCCGGCUACGCCUGGGGCUCUCCUGAACGUGACGGUAUCAACUUGUCAUACGCCCAGACUCAGCGCUACAUGCUCAUUGGCGGUACUUGCGUCUACGCUACCAUGCUCGUCAGCAUUGCCCUGUGGCAGAAUGUUGAUGUCAAGAAGAUGAAGCAGAGGACCAUCGGUCUUUUGUAAGCGUGCACUUGCAAUGUUUGCAGAAGUCGAUAUCGAUUGCACUUGUCGAUGUUUGCAUAUGAGCUCUGGAGCCGUGUCAAUGUUGGAGUGAGCUGUAGGAUAGAAAAAUAGAACGACGAGAUGAUGACCUAGUUAUUACGAUUUAAUUGUAGUGUUCUGAACCUGUGUAUUGUCCUUACUCCUAUGGCGCCUGUCCUAACGCUUCUCGCUAUUGGUCCUGCCUUGCACAUUGUGACCCUGAACUCGUUUCGAAAACGAUUCCUUGUUGUAUUGCUUCUUUGAACAAGAUCAGACCUCGAGUCUUCUAGGUGGUCUGAUGAGAUCUGGAGGGACAUGCACCCAAGU